ACCCCACCUCCCCACGAGGCGAUCCCCCACGCACCUCCUCCCCUCCCAUGGCGGCCGCGCUCCUCCGGCGCGCGCUCCACCUCCGGCGCGCGCUCCCGUCCCCUCCACGCGCCAUCCUCCCCGCCCGCCGCGUCCUCUCCAGCUUCACCACCACGCCGACCCCGACUCCGACCCAGCAGAACAGCUCCUCCACCACCACCAUCGACCUCUCCUCCGACGAGAGCCGCCGCCGCCUCAUCAACAGGCUGGUGUACAGGAGCAAGCAGAGGGGGUUCUUGGAGCUGGACCUGGUGCUGGGGAGCUGGGUCGAGCAGCACAUCCACUCCAUGGACGAGGCCAACAUCCGCUCCCUGCUCCAUGUCCUCGACCUCGAAAACCCAGAUUUGUGGAAAUGGCUUACUGGUCAAGAGCAACCACCAGAGGCAGUGAAUUCUAAUCCUGUAUUUAUUGCUGUUAAAUCGAAGGUCACGGACAACCUGAGCAAGCACUCGUCUCCAGAGACCCGAUCAGCGCCUGGUCAGCCAUGGGUGAGAGGGUGGGAUGAUAAGAGAGGAAUUGAUGGACCAAAGUAUGGAAAUCAAUGAUGAGAUGCUUUAGAGAGUGGUGUCAGAUUAUAUCGUUAGUAUGAUCCUGUUUUCCUGCUCCUAUUGUAUGGUGCUUGUGUAGAAAAAUAAAUCAUGGUGAAAUGGUGUCAUCCAAUUAUUUGGAGAAUUGGAGUGUCACUAUGGAUUGUGCUAAUAAAGCUCUUUAUGAGUUUCAAACACUUCACAGUUGAAGAAAAAGCAUAGUUGUACUGAUAACAAGUAACCAAUAGCUCUAUUUUUUACUUGGUA